AGCACGGCUCACAACAUUUGAAGACACAGUUCUCCUCGCUUCGUGGCGCGGCAUGUCCUCGUGAUGGAAGGAGAGAGAUCUGCGCCAGGCUGUCCCAUUUGCUUGGACUCCUUAGUCGGAGGCGAUGUCACCUGCCCCGCGUGCCGCACGUGCUUCCACGGGCCCUGCGUGGCAAAGUAUGCGAUGAGCUCGGCGGAACAAGGGGCCCUGCCGCUGAAGUGUCCGGAGCUCUUCUGCAAGUCAGUUUGGGCUGAGGAGGUCUUUGUGCCGCUGCUGGGGGACCAGCAGCCUCACUUCGAGAAGCUGCUCCGGUUACAGCAGGAGCUGAGCACCAGGAAGACAGCCGAUGCCAUGUCGCCUCGGACGCAGGAGGCACUGCGGCCCUACGGCAUUCGCGCUUGCCCCCGCUGUAAGGCGAUGAUCCAGAAACAGGCGGAUGGCCUCUUCACAGGCUGCGACAAGAUGACCUGCCGCUGCGGGUGCAUGUUCUGCUUCCAGUGCGGCCAAGAGGCCAGAGGGGGUGUGGCUCGUUGCCGUUGCGUUGGCGCACACCACGCCUUCAUCCCGCAGAGCGUGGUUCUGGAGAACUACCAGGGUGCCUGGGGUGCAGCCCCGGUGGACAUGGACCUUACCAAGAGGUCCCGGGGCCGCCUCAGCCCCGUUGCGGUGGCGCGACUCCAGCGGGAGGCCAAAGUCCUUGCGAAGGAUCCUCCUCCCCUGGUCAGGGUUGCCCAUCGCUCCAAUCAGAGCUGGCACUUCUUGCUGGGCCCCGGGCCACUGGACACGCCCUUCGCCGGCGGCCUCUACUGGGGAGAGAUGGAGAUGCCGAAGGACUACCCGUACGACCCUCCCCUGGUUCGCUUUCGCACGCCCAAUGGCCGAUUCAAGGUUGACACCUGGCUUUGCCGGACCCAGCUGGAUUACCACCCAGAGGGCUGGCAGCCUGCCUGGACCAUCAGCGGCCUUUUGCUGGCCCUCUUGGCGCUGCUUUGCAGCGACUCCUUCACCAGCGGCAUGUGUCAGCCGGCCAGCGAAGUGGAGAAGCGGCGCUUGGCCGCUGCAUCCCACGACUGGAAUCGUGAGCACCGGGAGUUUCGAGAGCUCUUCACCUGACCUCACCUGUCCGCGAUCGAGCAUAGGCCUCGCUCCUCCAUGAACCGUUGGUACAUGCCAACGAUAAACAAGCCCUGUGCACUGCCG